AUGUCCGAUAACUUACGUUACUCAUUUGCAUCAUUGGCCAUACCGCGCAACCUAUCGGCAAAAAUCAAAAUGCUCAAUCAAUACUGCGACAUCCAAACGGUCGACACAGCGAAACAUUCGUAUAUCUUCGCGCAGAAUGUGUCAAUCCCUUUAAGAACUGGGGGAUUGCUUCGCUGUAACGUUUAUAAGCCGCGAGAGACAGAAGAAGGAAACAAGUAUCCCGUUCUUGUCACGUACGGGCCGUACGGCAAGGAUGUCCCUUAUGAGCAGUUUAACCCUAAGAGCUUCGCAGAAGUAGAUCCAGCUCAUCAGACAGAGCAUUCUGCAUGGGAGACGCCUACACCCCAGUACUGGACCGACCACGGCUAUAUUGUCGUGCGAGUGGAUGAGCCUGGUAUCGGACAGUCUCCAGGCAAGGUCCAUGUCAAAUCCGCGACUUCCAUUGAUGGAUUCUGUGACGCUAUCGAAUGGGCUGCUAGCCAACCUUGGUCUUCUGGGAAGGUCGGCCUCCUCGGGAUCAGCUACUAUGCUGCCACACAGUGGCAGGUUGCGGCUCGGCAGCCUAAAGGCUUAGCAGCGAUAGUACCAUGGGAAGGAUUUUCUGACGCCUACAAUGAAUCAUUGCGGCAUGGCGGCAUCCUCUCAAAUAAGUUCUUCUCUAUGUGGUACGAGCGUCAGGUCGCGCCGAAUCAGUAUGGGCUUCCGGGGAGAGCGGCGCGCAAUUGGGGUCCUGAUACUGUUGAUGGCGACCUCAGUCCCGAGGAGUUAGAUGCAAACCGCCACAAGGCCGUAAUGCAUGAGCAGCGAUACCGCGAUGACAAAGAGAUCUCGUCGAUGAACUUCAAUCUUGAAGAUGUCACGGUUCCCCUUCUCAGCGUUGCUAAUCUCGGUGGUAUUCUUCUGCAUCUUCGAGGAAAUGUGAUGGGAUAUCUCUGGUCUGGAUCUGAAUUCAAAUAUCUUCGAUUCAUUGUUGGACGCCAUGAUCUGCCUUUCUACUACCCUGAAGAAGUAGAGAUACAAAGGAGCUUCCUCGAUGCUUGGCUAAAGGGACAUGACCGAGAAGGCUGGACGAAAAAGGGGGCUCUUCCACCAGUAGAUUUGAUUCUUCGAAAGGGAAACGUCGGAUACAAUAACCCCACAGCGGAAAAACAGUUCCUUCGUCGUAAAGAGAAGGAAUGGCCAUUGGCCAGGACACAAUACACCCCCAUUUACUUAACAGCGGAUAAUGGCCUACAGCGUGACCAGCCACCCCAGCCAGCGCCAAAGAAACUGUCCUACAGCGCGCUGGGCAAGGCAAAUGCCUCUGACAUGUUGACUUUUCAAUCGGCUCCCUUCGAAAAGGAAACAGAAAUUACCGGGCACAUUGUGGCUCACCUCAACGUAUCCGUCAGCAGAGAUAAUUGGGGAAAUUCGCCCUCAGAUUUAGACUUGUUCCUCAGUCUACGUCAUAUAUCACCAUCUGGUGAUGAGAUAUCCUACACAGGCUCCACCGGAGACCCUGUCCCAGUCACCAAGGGCUGGCUCCGUGUUUCUCUCCGCAGGACCGACCCUCAGCACCCGCACCACCGGCCAUGGUUGCCGUAUCGCAACUACUACUCCACGGAUGUUCUACCCGUAAUUCCCGGCGAGGUGUAUCCCGUGGACAUAGAAUUGUGGCCAACUAAUGUAGUCGUCGAGACUGGAGGCCGGCUUGUGCUAGAGGUGAGCUCUGGGGACACUGCAGGAACUGGGAUCUGGGGUCACGACGAUCCUAUUGACAGGGCGGAGGCUGUCUUCAAAGGUCUUAACCAUAUCCAUUUCGGGCCCCAUUAUGCCAACUAUAUCACCCUCCCAAUCAUUCCUAACGAGGAGUCUUCGUAA